AUGACAACAACAUUCACACGCUUAUUAUCUCUCCUCCGCGGUUUGCUUUACAUAAUUGCCCAACUAUCUGGAGGCACAACAGGAGGAAUCAUGAUACGGAUUAUCACAUCAGAUGUAAGUAUUAUUACUCGCACGAAAUUAGGAUCUUGUUCAUUUAAUAGCGAAAAGUUUUCACAAUUUCAAGCGUUUAUCGGCGAAGUAGUAUUCUGUUUCAGCGUAGUUAUUGUAUUGUUUAGAGUUGCUUUGGAUCCAAUACGUAAAAAAGAUUUCGGGUUGACGAUGACAGCGUUUUUAGUUUCUGCCACAUUUGGGAUUUUGUUUGGUUUAGUAUU